AUGCCUGGGACACCAGUGACGAGCCCUUUAAAAGGAGUUGCCUUUUCAUCCAGGAAGCUCUCAAGACCAAGAAGCAGAAGAAAACCCUUCCAUCAACUCAGCCACGCUAGUACCGAUGCGAUUGGGUUGGGCGAUGCAGCGCGACGUGCUGUGCGAAUCCGUAGAAGGAAACAUGUGAGUCGAAAGCGCGAUUUUCGUCGAAGGAAGCAGUGGCUUUUGCGGGCAUCAAUUAGUUGGCCGUCGCGCAUCAAGGAGGUCACGCAUAGAGCUUCACACGCGCCACCGCACUACUUUUUCCAGCGCGGGGCGGCACGAGGUAACUGCUCCCGGGGCCGGCGGUGCGCAUAUCCACAAUAG